AUGAGAAUCCGCAAACUGAUGACACCCUCCAAAUCGAUGAGAAUUCCCAAACAUACAAGACUUACCAAACUAAUGAGAAUUUCCAAACCAAUCAAAAUCUCCAAACUGAUUCGAGUCUCCAAACUAAUCCGAAUUCCCAAACCGAUGAUAAUCCGCAAACUGCUGACACCCUCCAAAUCCAUGAGAAUGUCCGAACAUUCAAAAAUUACCAAACUGAUGAUAGUUUCCAAACCAAUCCGAAUCUUCAAACUGAUAAGAGUCUCCAAACCAAUCCAAAUUUCCAAACCGAUGAGAAUACCCAAACAUUUGGGAAUUACCAAAUCGGCCAAGAGUCUCCAAACUGGCGCGAAUUCUGAAACCGAUAAGAACCCCCAAACCGACGAGAAUCCUCAUUUCUAUGAGAGGUCUCAAACCAAGGAAUGUCUUCAUAUAGAAGAGAAUCCCCAAACUGAUGAGAAUUCCCAAAUUAAUAAGAAUCCUCAAACUGAUAAGAAUAACCAGACCAAUAAAAAUCUAGAGACUGAUAAAAGUCCCCAACCUGAUGAAAAUCUACAAACUGAUCAAAAUCUCCAACUUGAGAAUCUCCAAACUGAGGCGGAUCAUGUGCUACAAAAUAUUGAUACAAAUAUCCAAUUUGUUCCUUUGAAUGUUUCAUUUGAUAAUGUACUGCCUUACAAGUAUCCUAAAGAUAUUACAUCUGUUAACCCAUUCAUUCCCAUUGUACUCAUUAGAGUACAUAAAAAUGUAAUUGAAAAAGCGGCACAGUAG